AUGGGUCUUCAGAACCUCAUCAACAAGCAAGUUGAGAAAGGCAUCGAGAAAAAGGCUAAAAAUGCUGUUGAUGGUGCAAUUGGUACUGAUGGAGAAUCAGGAGGAAAAGAAACUGACGGAGAAGAGGAGGUACGCUUUAUUUGAGGUGUUUUGGAGUUUGGGCUUGAUGGCAUGGAUAAUAUCGGGCUUUUAGGCAGAACUUUUUUAGUUACGAUGUUUGGGUUAUGAAAAUGGAAGCACUGGGACUUUAGGUUAUGCUGAAUGUUAUGUAAAAAAUUUGUUGAGGUUGAAGCCUUUUUUGUUGAAUUAUUUAAGAUUGAAGUUGGACGUUAUGGUUAAUAUCGGGGACUUGGUCAGAACUCUCUUAAUUCUUAGUCUUUUAGCACAGUUCUUUUUUUAUAGUAUAAAAUAGAAUUUUGAUUCUAAAAAAAUAAUUUUAAAGACAAAGUUAUUGUUUAAUGAAACCUAAAAUGGUGGUAUUGUUUCAGCAAGACGAUGGAGGACGUGGUCGCAAGUUUUUCCGCAAAUUAGGCAACAAAAUUCGCCGGAAACACGAUUCAACGUCACCGGAUUCUGAUGGACACCAGAAUAUUAGAGGAAGACCGAAACAGAAGAGAAAACGAAAUACAAGUGGCAAUUCUUCACCAGCCACACCCGUCUCUUCUAUACCUGAUGUGGACACUGGAUCAAGCGCCGGUUCUGGUACCAAACCGUCGUUUAGUGAUACUGAAACUCCUAUCGAGUCUUCUGAUGGUGGUAGUAGUGAUACGGUGAGGCGAAGGUUUCAUUUUUUGAGGGGAAGAGUUUUGAAUUUGGUGUUUGCUUUGAUUAUAUUGUAGUAGAUGAGUUGUUUCGAGAAAAUUUUGAUAAUUAGUUUAAAAUCUUUGGUAUUUAGGCAAUAGUUUGUAAUAAUAUUGGUUUUUUGGUAUUGUACUGUAAUUUUUCGCUUUAGGACAGUGCUCGCACACCAUCAGGAAACUCCAGAGCCGGAUCAGAUUGGCAAACCGACUCCACAGCUUCAGAUCAAUCAGAGAUUGAUGAACGAAAGAGAAAAAUUCAUGAAAGGGAAGAAAAACGUCUCAGGGAAAUGAGACCGGAUGGUGCUGUAGCCUACAAUCCGCGAACUAAUACAGAAUUCACAGUACGAGUCAGAGUAAUCGAAGCCAAAGAGCUACAAGGUGAAGGUCUGAAUCCGCUGGUCAGAGUUAGUUUGGGAACAAAGACGAGAACAACAAGGUCUGUCAGAGGAACUGAUCGGCCGUUUUGGAAUCAGACGUUGGGGUUCACGGUUAAGACUUCUAUCGAAGAGCUUGCUAUGUUAACAUGCGUGUUUAACGUUAGUUUUGUUGUUUUUGAUCGGGUUUUUAUUUAAAAUGAGAUUUUUUGAUAAUUUUAGGAAUAAAACAGCACUUUUUACGAUGUUUUAGGUCUACUCAGCCCGUCGCCUCAUCCGCGACUCUCUAAUCGGCACCUUUGGCAUCAAUAUGGGUGUAGUAUAUCACAGUAAAAACCAGGCGGUAGUGGAGAAGUGGGUUGCCUUAAUGCCAAGCCAACAAGAAGACGAGAACGGUCUUGGAACGGCGACUGAAAUUAGAGGAUUUUUGAAAAUUUCAAUUUGUGUCUUCCAUCCAAAUCAGAUCCCACCGAGUUUGGUGUCAAGAAGGGGUGGUGAAGAUGAGGAUGCGGACGUUUUGUUCAGGUCACAGUUGUUGAACUACUGUUUACGAGUAAGAAUAUUGUGAUUGGGGGUAUGGGAAUGGUAAAAGACAGUUUAAAUUUUUGGUCCCACCACGAAAACUUGAAGUUAUUAACGGCGGUAAUUGAAACGUCGUUUUAUAUAAAAUUAAAAGGUUUGAACUUAAAAGUAAAAAAUACGAGGUUUUCAGAUAAGACUAUACAAGAUUUGUCAACUUGCCGAUCAUAUCCGCUACCCGUACAAUUCAGCACCACAGGCACCAGCUGAGCUGGCGGUGGAAGUGGCUUCAGGUGCCUACCAUGCAUUGUCAUCGUUUCAAGAAGCUGGAGAUGAAUCAGUCAUGUUUGGAGAAGAGAUUCAGAUUCCAAUCAUGUGGCCUACGGUCAUAAAACAGGUACGGUUUGGUACUAAUGGGACUUUUUAAUGUUUGGUACUAACAGAACUUUUUUAACGUUUGGUACCAAUAGUACUUUAUAACAAAAUAAUUUAGAUCCGAUUUCGAUUGGUGGCCAGAAACAAGCGUAACAAGAAGCGAGUACUGUGUACCGAGUUUGUCAGUAUGAGAGACAUGUGUCAGCCGGGUGAACAGGGAUUUCUACCCAAUUUUGGCCCAGCUUUCAUUUCUUUUUAUGGCCCAGAACCGAAGAGGAAAACGUGGAAACCAUGGGAAAAGAACCAGAUCAAGGAGGGCAGGGUUCAGGGAUCACAGUAUGUGGUUUGAUUGGCGUAUUUGAAGAAACUGAUAUAAAAUGAAAAAAAUGAAUUUUCAGUUUUUGUGGCCGAGUCUUUUUCGAAUUGAGUUGUGAAGAGUCUGGCAUUCAAAAGACUCAUGUUGUCAACAUCCCAGCAGCCAUUGUCCAAAGCGCCGAGAACUUUUACCGACAGCAACGAUUCUCACUGUUCUGCUCGUUCUUCGCUGCCAAUUUGAUUCAUUCGGACUUUAAGUAGGUUUAUAAGGGAUAUAGUACUAAUAGUACUCUUACGGUACUAUUUAUUGCACUACUAGUACUAUUUUGAUACUAUUGCUAAUACUUUAUGAAAAGACAUCAUAUAACUUUUUUUUAACUUUUUACUACUUUUUUUUGAUAUUUGUAGUAGUGCUUAUGGUGCCAUUUUAAUGAAAAUUAUAUAAAAAAUUUUUUUUUGAUGUUAUGAUUAUCAUUAUGGUGAAUAUUAUAUAUUUUCAGAUCGAAAAACAUUCGUUUUUUGGUGUCCAUCGGCGAAUACGGUAGUCAGGACUACGGUAAUGUGUUAACAUCAACAAAUCAAACAUUACCAGUUAUGCCAUCGUACGACACGUCAUGUCUGUACGCGAUGCCCUGGGGAAACGAAAAACCGAUUUGUGAAAUUUUGUGCGAUUGGGAGGAGAUCUCAUGGCGAUUCGAAAUUGCCAAUGUUUUACAUAGGGUAAAGGGGGUUUUUAGGCUUGAUGCUUAUAUUAUAGUAGGUGAAAAUCCUAAAAAUGAAUUUUUAUGCCAUUUCUACCUCUUUCAGACCUCAGACCUUCUACUAGAAGUCCAAGAAGAAGCUCGAAUGAAAGCCGGCUCAAACCCAGAACAAUCAGAGCUGGGCUCAUUAGUGGUCGAAGCUCUGGAAGAAGCCGCCGAUUGCUUUGAAAUCUUGAACAAUAUUAUCAAAGUAGUCCUCAACUCGAGUGCAUCCCUAACAGCACUUGAUACUAUGCUACUGCACGCCAGAUCAGAAGCCUUGUAUAAGUACUACAAGACGUUUGUCGACUUUAAGUUCUCCAUGAUCGAUAUCACGGAGAUGGAGGAGGAUACGAUCAAUCAAUUGGGCGUGUUCGCCAACCAGCUGAAGGACAUUGCUCAAGACCCACAGGUCUCGAUACCUGAUUUGUGUGUUCAUAUGAUUGUGGACAAGAAUGUGGUUGGGUAUGCGAGGAUUCCAGUCAGUGAGGUGAGGAAGAGUACUAUGGCCGUAGUUAUGGAUGGGAGUUUACUGUAGAUGAGGACAGGGCCGUUUGCUCUGGGAGUACUUGUUAGCUUGUUCAAAUAAUUCUGAGCCCUUUAACCCUGAAAUUUUUUUUUUGAAAAGUGGUUAGAAUUAUUUGAACAACCUAAUAAUAAAUAUAUCGUUAGAUACUUAUGAUAAUAUAAAAAAUGAGGCUAUAAUCUUAAACAACCUAUUAGAAACAUACGAAAGGAUUUUUAUAAUUAUGAUUUUUCUAGAUUUACUACAGUAAAUCAUCGAUGAGACGAGGAAGAUACGCCGGAAAAAUUCAAGCAGUUCCAUUGGUUUGGCCGACUGCGCAAAUGGCCAAGUUUAAGGUAAGAAGCAUGCGUAUUUCAAUUAAUAUUUUUAGUUCUUAUAUCAUAAUUUAAAUUGUGGUACUAGUGUGCAUGUUACUAUUGGUAGCAUGUAUUUAAGUUCAGAUUGAAGCUCUGAAAACUUGACUUCUUUAUGUUGUAGUAGCCUAAAAUGAAAGUUUUUUAAGUUAUAGUAGCUUAAAAUGGAAAUUGUUAAAGUACCGGCUAAUUUUGGAGCUUGGGAAAUACUGUACUGUAUAUAAUGAUAGUAAUGUGCAGUAUUUGCUGUAAAAAUUUUAAAAAAACGGUUUUUAGCGCCACGAACUGCCAGCAGUAAUCCACAUGAAAGCCUGGUUUGGGAAGACAAAAUAUCGAAAGGCUUGGCUGGAUCUGAUCAAGCCGGCAUUCAUGAAGUACUAUGCCGAAUUGUUCUACAAUGAAAAACGGGCCAUUCUAACAUCGAAGUGGAAGAGCACAGAGUAAGGCUGUACUAUGAUAAUGUACUUGAUAUUGUUGGUUUAAAGUAGUAUUAGGUUGUUCAAAUAAUUCUGUGCCUUCUAAACACAAAAAUUUGUUAUGAGAAGAGGCACAGAAUGAUUUGAACAAUUUUUGCGACAAAAUUUUAAAACUUUACUUUAGUAAGAAGCCAUUUGCCAUAUCGGAUGAGACUGGCCAGAUCGAGUUGUCCGAAUCUGCCAUCUACCCACCCUCAGGCUGGAAAUUCGAAGGUCAAUGGCAACCGAAGCGAUGUCACGACAUGUGGGUGGGGGCGGAUGCUGGCCACACCUCAUUUGAAGACGAGUUCUUUGAAGUGAACGAGAAGAACAUGGUGACUCAGGAAUGGAAAUUCCACUCAUCUACUGGCUACUACGGUGAUCAGAUCAACACACAAACGCUACAUGACCCACCUCCUGGCUGGGUGUAUGUCACCAAGUGGAAUGUGGAUCUGCAUUGUUUGGGUAAGGGGGGGUUGAAAUUUUGAAUUUUGAAAAAAUUUUUUUUUUAUUUUUAUAAUUUCGGAAAAUGGUUUUAAAAAUUUUUUUUAAGUUUUGAAUUUUAAAUGAUACCACUACAACAAUAUUAUUGUAGGUGACACAGAUGGCUGGACCUACUCAAGCGGACUGGAGUUUUGGGACGAGCAGAAUGUGGACACGGUGGAACGAAUCAGCCAUCGCUAUCGACGAAGACGACACGUCAGGAAGAGAGUAUUCAAGAAGGAGGGCGUGGGCGUGGCAGAAAUGUUUGAGGAUCUGAGAGAAUUUGCAAAGAAUCUGGACGAAGAGGGAUGGGAGGUGAGUAGAAUUGUAAAAUACGGAAUUUAUCGAGUUUUUGAAAUUUUUUAGGUAUUAUAUUUGUAAAUUUUAGUACGCAGCCAGAUUCGGCGAGCCAGUCCAUCUACUACAACAAGCCGUGGACAAGUUCAGAAGACGACGUUUGGUCAGAGAGUUGGUGCCACUUGAGGAUAACGCUCGAUAGUAAGCUUUUUUGAUAUACGAAAGUGAAAGUGUAGAAAGUAAUUGGAAUUUGGAGGGUUUCCUUACAAUGCUUUAUUUACCUUUAGCAAGCUGGAAAUGGGCGUAGACACGAACAAGGACAAGCUCGAGGAUCUCAGGUUCUUGUCGCCGCGAAUCUACGAAGUUCACGACCAAGUCAGUGUGUUCCAACUACGAGUCUAUGUGUUGUGGGCCAGAGAGAUUCACUCACCGAAGAAGCACCUAAGCAGAGCCUUUGUCAAGGUCUUCUUCCUCAAUCGAUGCCAACAAACCUUCAUCGUCAGCAACUCGCUGAAUCCGAUUUGGAAUGAAACACUCAUCUUUAAGAAGGUAAAAUACGCUUUUUGAAAAAACAUAAAAAAAUUUGAAAAAAACAUAAAAACAUUUGAUAAGAAAAAAUAAAAAAAUUUUAAAUUUUGAAUUGUUUAAAAUAAAAAAAGGCGCUAGGACAAAUGCGGUUUUUGGACAUUUGCGGAUCUGCGGUUUUUAGACUUGCGGAUCUUCGGUUUUUGGACAUUUGCGGAUUUUUUAAAGGUUUUUUUUUAUUUUUUAUUUAAUUUAGUUGUAGUAUGGUACUAAAUGGUAAUAAAGUUUAAAUUGGCACUGUCUUAAUAUUUCUUAAUGUUAAAUAGUACUAAAUUUUUAAUCGGUACUGUUUUUAUAUUUUUGGUACUAAAUAGUACUAAAAGCCCAAAAAGGUACUGUUAUGUUAAAACCGUACCAAUUCAAACUUUAGUACAAUUUAGUACCAUAAUACAACUAAAUUAACUAAAAAAUAAAAAAAAACCUUUAAAAAUCCGCAAAUGUCCAAAAACCGCAUUUGUCCUAGCGCAAAAAAAAAAAUAUUUAGAUUUUGAUACCCGGAGGCUCAGCUGCUCUUCAAAUGAACCCGCCAGGAGCUGUGGUGGAAGUUCACGGUGAAGAACAGAACGGUAAACCCGUUUUUUUGGGACGUUUCGACUUGAAACCUGUGGUGGUGAACUCGGCAACCGAUUCCAGGUCGCGUCCUGGCUGGAGACCGUUGAGAUUCCCAAACAACAAAAUUAAGUACGGUACUAGUUGGAAUAGUACUGAAGUUUUUACUUUGUGACAUGAUUUUUGAAAAAAUUUAAUUUUGGACUACUGCAGGGUUACUGUAACUUGAUUUUUAGUAUUUUAGGUUAUUGUAGGUUACUGUAUUUUGAUUUUUGUGUUUUAGGGUUACUGUAAUUUGUUUUUAUAUUUUAGGAUUCCGUAGGGUUACUGUAUUUUGAUUUUUAGAGUUGAGCUUACUGUGGGGUUACGGCACUUUGAUUUUUAUGUUUUUUGUAAUCGUACCUUGGAUUUGUGUUACUGUAGGGUUACUGUAGCGUUAGAAGUAGAUAGUACAGUAUCAUUUUCAGAGGAGCCCUCCUUCUUCACAUGGAACUCUUCAUCAACGACCCAGCCUACGAAACCCUGGCCCCACCCCUGCCAGCCCUUAAACAAGACUUGGACAACCGCUUCGAGGUCCCAAUGGACUGUCGACCACUGUUCACCAACUUUACCGUCCAAAUACUGGCAUGGGGCGUCCGCAACCUAUCCCGACAUCAGCUAAUGUCAGUUCGAUCGCCCUUUAUCGAGAUUACAGUAGCCAGUCGGAAGGACACGACCGAUAUCAUCGACGAUACCUCCAUCAACCCUAACUUCACCCUGCCACUGCUGACCUUCACCUCGGUCAAAAUGCCCGCUGAGCUGGGCUUUGCACCGCCCAUCGUACUGAAUCUGCACGAUCGCAGAAGUUUUGGCCGGAAGCCAUUGGUCGGGUCGUGUAUCGUGAAAAACUUUCAGAAGUACAUGACAGGCCCCACCAAGCAGAAUCAGCAAGAUGAAGAUGCCUGGGAGACGUUCGACAAGGAUAUGCAGGAUGAAGUUCAGAAACAAUCAGAAGACACGAAAGCCCUGAAGAAGGUGGAGCCAGAAGAGUAUCUCGCCUUCCCCGACGACCCAAACAGCCCCAAAAUCGACUGGUGGUCUCGGUACUACUUUUCGAAGAACGUACUAGAGAAGGCACCAGGCUACAAGGAAUUGAACCUGGCCAAACUCUCCAUCUUCAAAGUACCAUUGGAAGAUGUAGGUGAAUAUAGAGGGUUCGAGGACUUUUUGGACACCUUCACCUUUACCAAACCCUAUGCCAACAAGUUAGAUGCGGUCUCAGACAAGAAGGGCGAGCUGAAGGGCAAGCUGUUCAUCACAAAGCAUGAGGAAAAGCAGGGUAGGUUGGUUUGUCUGGUGUUGUUAUUUGAUGUUAUAGUAGGUUGUAUCAGGUUGAGGAUAUUUUUGAUUGUUAUGGUAGUUUAGGCUUGGAGUUGUGGUACUUUUUAUGAAAGUAGAGUUAUAUUAUAGUAGUUUUUAAGAUAAUUUACUUAUAUUAUAGUAGUGUAUGGGCAGAUAUAGCUAUAUAACGACAGAUUUUGGACCAUAGCGUCUAUAUUAUGGUAGUUUUUGGUCUAAUAUACUUAAAUUAUAGUAGCUUUGUUGAAAAUAUAGCCAUAUUGUAGUAGUUUUUAAGCCAAUAUGCGCAUAUUAUAGUAGUUUAUGGGCAAAAAUCACUAUAUAAUGAUAGAUUUUUGACAAAAACGCUUAUAUUAUGGUAGACGUUAAGCCAAUAUACCUUUAUUAUAAUAGUUUUUAGCCUAGUAAACUUAUAUUAUAGUAGAUUUCUUCAGAAUAUAUUGAAAACUGUACCAUUUUCUGAACAAAAGGUCUAAAAAGUACCAUUUUAGCCCCAACAAUAAUGUUGUCAGGAGUGGAGUUCGAUGGACCGGUCGAAUGUGUAGUCCGUGUCUACAUCGUCUCGGCCUAUGACCUGGUGAGCAGACGAAGAUCAGGCCUGUGCGAUCCCUAUGUCAACAUCAGAUGCGGAAACAAGAAGAAGUACAAGGGCUACAAGAACUACUGUCCGGACACGCUGAACCCGGUGUUUGGGAAAUGUGUUGAGCUGGAGGUUAUGAUACCACAGGAGAAGGACCUGACCAUCUCGGUCAUGGACAAGCGAUUGGUCAUGUCGGGUAGGGUUGAACAGAUUUUUUGGUUUUUAUAUCGCAAGUAAAGUAAUAGUCUAAAAAAGAAAUGUGGUGCAUUAUGCCAAGAUAGUAAUUUUGUGGUAUGAAUGUUUUCGUGGUGGGACUCAAGUUAAUCAUAAAAAGUUUAAAUACAUUUUUUAUUAAUGUGAGUUUAAAAAGUCAGUUUUGAUGUUAAAAUAGGCUUUUACGGAGAUUUUUAUGCUUGAAAGGUUUUCGUGGUGGGACUCAAGUUAAUUCAAAGUUAAUCUUAAAAAAGUUUAAAUACAUUUUUUAUUAUUAAUAACAGUUUAAAAAGGCAAGUUUUGUGUUAAAAUAGACUUUUACGGAGAUAUUUUUUGAUUUAAAGUUUUCGUGGUGGGACCAACUUUUUUGAUUUUUCGAAUAAUUUUUUUUAAAUAUGGAUUAAAAAAAUUAAAAAGUGGGUCUCACAACAAAAACUUUUAUUAGGUUGUUCAAAUAAUUCUGCGCCUCUUAAACUCGAAAAUUUGAUUUGAGAGGAGCUCAAGAUUAUUUGAACAACACAAUAUUUAAAAAAAAAUUUUUUUUAGAAAUUUGGUAAGGGUAGUUAUGACAAGUUUCAUGUGAUAUUGUGAUAAUUUUAAAAAUAUUUUUAGACAAUGAAAUUGGAUCAACAACGAUCGAUUUGGAAAAUCGAUUAUUGACCAAAUUCAGAGGAACAGUCGGCUUGCCAAGAGAGUACAAUGUGGUAGGACCAUUGCCGUGGAACGACCAGCUGAAUCCACUACAGAUUAUGCGACGGUAAGGGGUUUGGAGGGAUAGCGCGGGGUAGGGUAGGGUAGAGUACGGUAGGGUACGGUAGGGUGUUGUAGGAUAGGGUGGGGUACAGUAGGGUAUGUUAGGGUAGGGUUGGGUAGGGUAGGGUAGGCUAUGGUAGGAAGAGGUAGGGUUUGAUAGAUAUUGCUUUAUGUUUUUACCAUGCCAUUUCCAGAUACUGCAAGAAAAUGAACCUCCCACCCCCAAAAAUCACGAGCAGCGACAAGGGCGUGGGCAUUGAAUGGGCAGGAGUGACAUUCCACGUAUCAGAAAUCGAAAAAGAACCCUUCAAUCCAGACUUUGCUGGCCGCCCAAUCCAACGGCUAGCUCUUCACAUUCUGCACAAGAUUGGACUAGUACCAGAACACAUUGAAACGCGACCAUUGUACCACUCUGUCAACCCCGAGAUGGAGUGUGGCCAGUUGGAGAUGUUUGUCCACAUCUUUCCGAAAGCGAUCAGCGACAGAAUACCAGCGACAAUCGACAUUUCACCGCGAGAACCGAAGCCUUAUCAGUUGCGAUUGGUCAUCUGGGGCCUGAGAAAUGUCAUUCUGCCCAAAGUCAGCUUUGGCCGGCCGGUAAGGGGUUGAAAUUGAGAUUUUGAAGGGGAUUUUGGUACAAUUUUUUAAUUUUUUAGAGAUAAAGGGGGGGGGUGUUUUUUAGAAGCGGGAGGUGUUUUUUAAAUUUUAGUAUUUUAUGAAGAGUUUAACCUUUGCACGGUGCAAAAAAGUAAUAUUUUACUUUUGCACGGUGCAGAAGAAUAAAAUUUACCCUUUGCACAGUGCAAAUUAUAAUUUGACCCUUGCACGGUGCAAUCAAAAGAAUUAAUCGUUUGCACGGUGCAAUCUUUAAAAGUCCCUCUCUCAUUUCAUUGCACUGUGCAUUCCUUCGUAAACAAUUGCAAACCAAUUGCACCGUGCAGAUUUACCGACCAAUGUUUGAAAGUCUGCACAGUGCGAUCGCCACGACUCCUUCACUGUUGUCGCACAAUCAACGCUGCUUGCGACAGUCAAACAAAUGUCUGUCGCAGAAAUUUGAGUGAACAUGGAAAGGAUGUUGUCGUAGCGACAAGGGUAAAGACAUUGUUGCAGCGAAGGGGGCAAAAGUUGUUGCAGCGGCACGAAAAAAAGCUUUGUCACAGCUACACUUGCGCGACAAACUGUGAAAAUUGCUGCAAUUGCUUGCACUUUGCGACAUUUAUCGUCAAACACGGUGUCGCAAGGCCUGUGCGUCUGCGACAAGGCUUGCUCUGCUUUUUGGAAAACAAUGCGACACAAUCUUUGAGAGCGACAAAGCGACAAAUUUUGCAAAGUUUUGUUUGACAGCUUGCGACAAAUUUGUUUUGGACUGUCGCAAGUGGGACUGGUUCUGCGACAGACGGAUUGUUUGGGCUGCACUGUGAAGUGGUAGAUAGGAAUGCACUGUGCAGGGAGUGAGGUUUGCACAGUGCAACGAAUUAAACUUGCACGGUGCAAAUGAUUAGGUUUGCACUGUGCAAAGAAUAUAAUUUGCACCGUGCAGUCUGUAAGAAUAUAGUUUGCACUGUGCAAUGGCUAAAAAGGGAAUGGUUUUUGAUUGCACCGUGCAGAAUUUUAAUUUGUGUUUUGCAAUACUGAAAUCUUUAGCGACAAACUGGGUUUGUGGGAACAUUAAAUUACUGUGUAUCGUUAUCAUCGUUCUGAAGUUUUUUUAGGAGAUUCGCACUGUGCAAAAGGAUAAAAAUGCUAUUUUUCUUGUGUUUUGCACCGUGCAGAGCUUUUAUCUUUAAAAAAACAUUUUCGUUCUUGGUUUGACUGACAUUUCUUGUAAUAGGUACUUACGUCGUCCUUUUUAAAAGUAUAAUCUCAUCUCUUUUAUUUAAAUUAAUGGUCUUAUUCUCCUUCAGGCCGGCGAUCUGUACGUGCGUUGUUACCUAAAUGGCAUGGAGAAGUCGCAAAAGACGGACAUUCACUUCCGUUGCCUCGAUGGAGCGGCUUCUUUUAAUUGGCGCUGCGUCUUCGACUUUGACUACGACGUCUUCCAACGCCAGAUCCAGCACUACAAGAAGAAGCGAUGGUUCAGGAAGAGGUCGUCCGAACUGGUCGACCCAAUCCUCGUCGUCCAGAUCUGGGACAACAACAAGUUCAAGAAGGACCGCUACAUUGGUCAAGUCCAGCUGGACCUACUCGGCUUCGAAGAGGGACUGGUCGACGAAGAGGAGAUUCAGGCGGUCGGCUACGAAAAGGACCCGGACGCAUCUUGUACAUGCUGCAAACUGUGCACGUCUGGUGCCAAACUGUGCGUUAGGACUAGAUGCUGCUCGAGAAGGCCGUCCAGACAAAACAAGCUGAGGAAAAUGCCUAGGGCACCGGUAAGAAGGGUUGGAAGUUGAGGUUUAAGGGGUUUUAAAGGUUGUUGGAAAUUUGAAGGUUUUCGUGGUGGUACCCAAUUUAAAAAAUGGAAAUUAAGUUUUUUAUAUGGGCAUAGUAAGAUGUAAAAAGUAGUAUUAUUGGUAGAACAAACUUUAACGAGUAUUUUGUCGUUUAAAGGUUUUCGUGGUGGGACCAACCUUUUUUUUUUGAAGUUGUGAUUAAUCUAUUAAAUAUGGAUCAAAAUGGCAUAUAUAAUGUUUGUAUCUUAAUUUUUUUUCCAAUUUUGCACUUUUUUGAUUUUGAAAAUGAAAAAAACUGAGUCUCUCCGCGAAAAUUCUUACAGUCAAGAUUUUGGGUAAAAUGAGUUGAAAUGUAGCCAAUUUUAUCAAAAUGGCUUUAUAAUGACAUUUAUAACAUAAUAAUGACAACUUAUAAUCUUGUAAUGACAUUUCUCAAUAUAAGAUGGCAUUUUUUACCUAAAAUGAUGAUUUAGCGCUACAUACCGGGCGAAAUGGGCGACAUGUCUCUCUUCCAACAACGCCAUGCUAACGGCUUUUGGCCAGCGAUUGCGACAAACCUCCCAGCUCAACAAAGGGCAGAUGCCGAGGAAAGGGAAAAGAAACACGAUGUCCCGAAGCCGGACGGAACGGGCGAUCAACCGGUCGAUGACGUGGAGUAUGUGACUGGAUUGGUCGAAAUGGAAAUGCAUUUACUGCCAUUGGAAGAGGCACAGGCCAACCCGGUGGGCAGGAAGAGGAGAAAACCAAAUCAUGUAGGUUUGGUGGGGACGUUGGUUCGGGGUGGUGAUUUUUGGGGGAGGUCAAUUUAAAAAAAAUAAAUUUAAUCUCAUAAUCUUUCAGUCCCCUCACCUGCCCAAGCCAGACCGCCCCAAAAUGGAUUCGUUCUGGAUUACGUCGCGAGCCAAAGCGCUGUGCCGAAUCUGCUGGAAGAAGACCGGAGGCUGGUCCUGCGUUUGGAUGGUCCUCUGUGCCUUAAUAAUGACCUUGUUGAUUGUUGCCACCAUCUACGAGCUGCCCCAAAUCAUUGGCGACUUUUUUACUCAAGGUGUCCUGGCUCUGUUUGCUUGA